GGACAUCGGUUAUGGAUGUGUAUUCACAUGAUACGCCUGAGUCACAUGCAGCACCGAAUGCAAACACUUGACUCUGCUUGUUAAUUUUGAAGCUUUGAUGCCGUUAUUGAUUGGGAACUAGUUAACUGAAUUAAUCUGAUUUUCAAAAUGGCCGAAGAAUUUACCCGUCCGAUUAGGUUGAUGAAUUUUGUAUCCGAGGAUCAGUUGGAUCAAGCAAAAAGAGCAAGGGGUGAACGAGUUGAGGAUGGUACUGCCCAGAGAGAUAGGCCUCUCUUCGAGAUUUUGAAGGAGAACAAAGACAAAAAGGAUGCAGAAUUUAAUGAACGCUUCAAGCAUAGACCUCCCAAAGCCUUGGAUGAAGACGAAACUGAGUUCCUUGAUAAAUGGGAGACGUCUAGAAGGGAAUAUGAGCGACAAGUGGCAGAUGAAGAGGCCCAACAGCUUCGGAGUUUCCAAGCAGCGGUAGCAGCACAAUCAACUAUUGUACGUGAACUGAAGGAGACAACCCCUGCUCCUGUGGUCCAGGAACAAAAAUCAGCUGGGAGGAAAAAUGCACCCACUCGUCCGAUAGGCAUGAUAAUAAAAGUCAAGCCACAAUCAAAGAAAGCAAAGAUAGAUCAUGGAAGUGUUGAAGAACCCUCAGAUAUGGUGAAAACACCUGAUGUUAAUACAGAAAAAUCACCAGACCCAGUGAAAAUAUCUAACAGUGACACUGAUAAGUCAAAUGAUGUAGCAAAAGCAUGUCUAGUUACAUACAGUGAUGAAAGUGAAGAAGAAGAAAUUCAUAGGGAAUCUAAAGAAGUUGAAGGACUACUUCCUCGAACCGCUGCUUGGGAGGCAUAAAACCUGCGUUAGUUUAAAAAAUAAAAGGCUUUCCUUUCUCUACCAUGCAGUCAUGUCUGCAUACUUGUUUAGCCCUUUAAGGACUCAUGUUGGUGUGGUAUUCGGCCUCUAGGUAUAGUCAGUUUUGGAUACAGGGCACUUCUACUUUUGAGUUUUGUAAUUCAAAACUCAUAUUGACACUUUAGAGAUUCACAUAUUAUCUUAUCAAUUAAUGAUGUGAGAUGUUAUAUA